AUGAGUGCUAAAUCUGAGCUCGUGUUCAUCCCAAGUUCGGGCGUCGGCCACGUGGUGUCGACAGUGAAGAUGGCCAAGUUCCUCAUCGACCGCGACAAUCAGCUCUCUAUCACAGUCCUCAUCAUGAAGUUCCCUUUCGACUCCAAGAUCGAUACCCUCGUCGAGUCGCUCGUCGCCUCCACCACUGCCCGCAUCCGCUUCGUCCUCCUCCCUCGGCGAAACAUGCCCCCAAGGACGUCCCGUAUUGCCUUCAUCCAUCACUUCAUGGAGAGCCACAAACCUGACGUUCGAGAGGCCGUUGCCGAGAUCUCUGCCUGCAACACGCCACGGCUCGCAGGGUUCGUCGUUGACAUGUUUUGCACCUCGAUGAUCGACGUGGCCGUCGAGUUCGGCGUCCCUUCCUACAUGUUCUUCACAUCGGGCGCGGCGUUCCUCGGAAUCAUGCUGCACCUCCAGUCUCUCCAAGACGAGCAACACAUGGACCUGACCAGGCUCAAGGGCUCUGACGCCGAGCUGGACUUCCCGUGCAUCGCUAACCCGCUGCCUGUCGCCAAGUUCUUGCCCUUGGUAGUAGAGUCUACGGAAGAAGAUUGCCGGAUGCUCAUGAGUUGCUACCGGAGGUUUAGGGAAACGAAGGGAAUUUUGGUAAAUACAUUUGCCGAGCUGGAACCGCGUGCGGUGGAGGCCCUGGCCGACCUUGGAGCACCCAAGGUGUACCCCGUGGGCCCCAUACUAAACAUCAAGGCAGAGAGCAAAAAGGGUUUCGAGAUCCUGGAUUGGCUCGACCAACAGCCAAACGGGUCAGUGGUGUUCCUAUGCUUCGGGAGCAAGGGGAGCUUCGACGAGCGCCAAGCAAAAGAGAUUGCCCACGCGUUGGAGCGGAGCGGGUACCGCUUCCUGUGGUCCCUACGGAAGCCGCCAGUGAAGGGCAAGAUGGAAGACCCCCAUGACUACGCGGAUCUUGCAGAGGUCCUGCCCGAGGGGUUCCUCAACAGGACUGCCGGGGUCGGGAGAGUGAUCGGGUGGGCCCCGCAGGUCACAGUUCUAGCCCACCCGGCCAUUGGAGGGUUCGUGUCGCACUGCGGGUGGAACUCCACCCUAGAAAGCAUAUGGUUUGGUGUCCCGAUCGCCGUGUGGCCCCAGUACGCAGAGCAACAAUUCAACGCGUUCCAGCUAGUGGUGGAGCUCGGCCUCGCGGCAGAGAUCAAGAUCGAUUAUCAGAGAGAUCUCGCCAAAGAGAGUGACCUCGUUGUGAUGGCAGACGAAAUAGAGGGAGGGAUAAGGAAGCUAAUGGAGGGCGAGGAGGCUGGGGAGAGGAGGAAGAAGGUGAAGGAGUUGAGCGAGAAGAGCAGGAAGGCUUUGACGGAGGGUGGCUCUUCUUACUCCUCUUUGGCUCGCUUCAUCGAGGAUGUAUGGAGUCAAUGAGCAUUCAUUUAGCAAGGAGACGGGUUGGCUGGUAUUCUGGGUACUGUUCGUAUUUUGAUUCUAUGAUUACUUGGAGUGCGUGUGUUUUAGGGUUUGUGUGGCUAUAAUCCAUAAUCCAUGCUGAUUUUCGUCUACCCUUGACGUGUUUUUAAGUGGAACCAGUCAUUUGGCUUUGGCCCACGAGCUGUAAUCUGCAAAGGCAACGACAGAUAUAGAAUGUGUCCAAAAAGACCUCAUUGCUAAAAUUUCACGUGAUAGAUUUUCGUGAACUUGCACUUCUUUGAUCUUCAAGUAUAAAUGAAACUCCAUAUUGCUCUUGCUUUCACCUCCCCCAAAGGUUUGUUGUACUUCUUCUCUUGCGUCCUUUGCUGUUCCCAUUCCUGAUUCUGUAAGUUAGGGUCCUCUGUUCUUGCUUCCCUUGUGAUAGAAGAUGAGUGUGAAAAGCAUUUCGGAAUAUAGCAAAUUAGCAAAAUUAAA